UGGUUACCAAGUCACACCCAGUACAGUACAGCUCACAGGCCUUGGCAGCGCCGCAGCUGCUCUCAGACUGACACACCAGGCAGCCAAUGGCGUACCGCUAUCGCUGUAAAACCAGGAAGUUUCUUCUUAAACUGGCCAAUGGCAAAGUAAGAAGAAGGCGGGACUUCGGAGUGUACUUUCAGAGUUGUGCGGCUAGCUAGCUAGUUAGCUGGCUAAUUAGUUGAAGAAAUACGACUCAAAAAACAACAACAGGAAGAACAGUGGCUCGUUUGUGAGCUAAAUGUCCUACCGCAGCGCAGAUGUACCGGCGGCCACGAGAAAGUGUGGAAUGUGGGAGAGUGAGUGUGCGGCGCUGAAAAUGGGCCUGGUUAUGAUGAACGCCGUUGUUGGAGCCGUGAGCUCGGGGACAGCCGAGGGAGGAACCACGGAGAGCAAGCUGCUAUGCAUCGGCGUGAACAACCAGACCUACAUCUGUGAGUCGGGACACUGCUGUGGAGAGUCUCAGUGCUGCAGCUACUACUAUGAGCUUUGGUGGUUCUGGCUCGUCUGGACUGUCAUAAUCAUCCUAAGCUGCUGUUGUGUGUGCCACCAUCGUCGCACCAAGCAUCGACUGCAACAGCAGCAGAGGCAGCAUGAGAUUAACCUCAUUGCCUACAGAGAGGUUCACAAUUACACCUCCCUGCCCUUCUACUUCAGGUUUCUGCCCAGCUACCUCUUACCUGCAUAUGAGGAGGUGGAGAACAGACCCCCAACUCCUCCUCCCCCAUACAGUGCUUCUCAACCAGGUCAAAGCAUAGAUUCAGUAAGCCCUGAGCAAACCAACGAGCUGUGCCCAUCGCUACAGACGGGCUCCGCAGCCACUGCAUCAGAGGGCAAUUCUGCUGUGCACUGCAUUGAAGAAACCAAUCGUCCUCCUGCUCAUCAGCCACAACGUGAUGCGCACAAACCCUACCUGAGCAUUGAGGAGGAUGGCCAGCAGCAGCAAGUUGCCUCCGCCACUUCACCUGAAAUAACUAAGAAUGGCAAAGAGCCCUCAAAAUCUGGCGAUCAAGGGCUUGAUAGUUCGGAGAGCAAAGAAAAGACUGUUGGGCGCCAUAGACGUUUUACUGGAGACUCAGGAAUUGAGGUUUGUGUUUGCAGCCGUGGGCCAGGGGAAGGAGAAGAUGAGGAAGAAGACGAUAUGAAGGAACACGAGGGACUUUUGGACAGAGGGGGGUUACAGAAGCAGGACUUCUGUGAUAGUUGCAGCCUCCAUAAUGAUGGCCUUCACGAGCUGGGUGAUGAGGAGCAGGGCUUUGCUGGCCUAGAGAGGAGCUCGGAGCACAGGGAGACUCCCCUCCAGCGCCUCCCAAUCAGCCUUCAGUUACACACUAUCAACGAACAAGAGGCUCCUCAGCAUGGAAACAGUGCAGAUCCCCAAAGCUAAGCACAACCAUGUAGUAAAGACUUUCUGUGGUUUGCUGUCUCCCCUUACUUUCCCACUGUACUGUCGUUUUUUGGCUGUGUGUCAGAAGUGUGAAUGUUAAUGCAGUGUGGUUAGUUAGUUAAUUAAUGUAAAAAUCCAGCAAAGACGUUCUCAAAGACAGGCUGUGGUCAAGGACACUGCAUUAAAAAAUGUCAUUUGUUAUAAAUAUUACUUGCCACUCUGAACAAGGUGUAGGUAAUUUUAUUUUCCACUUAAUAGACCCAAUGCUCUGCUUGUGGUCGUCAUACAAGGGGUUUGAAGAUGUGGAUAUUUAAAUAAUGAUGGAUAUAGGAGCUGUUGAAAGCUGACAGUGCGUGUAUAGGGCAAGUUAAUAUAAUUGAUAAUAACUGGAAUUGAUUAUGUAAACUCCAAGUACACACAGAUUUGUGACACUGAGUUUGUUUUUGCCCUACACAGUUUUCACAAAAUAUAAUGGAAAUUGGCUGCUACUGCUAGUUGUAUGCACAAGGUUAUUUUGUCUGCUUGUUAGUUUUUUUUUUCUUUUAAUAUGUCCUAAUACAUCAGUCUACUACUGUCAUAUUUUAUGAAGUGUUCACUCCCCCCCCCUCGCCCCCUAGAGGUAUAAGUCUGAAUUUUAUCAAGCACUUGGUGUCCACAUGUAUGUGGGCACCUGAUCAUCACACCCACAUGUGGGUCUUCCCGUGACAGUUUCCACAGAGUUUAUAGCGCAUGUUUGUAUAGAAUGUCUUUGUAUGCAAUAGCAUUACAGGUUUCCCUCACUGGAAAGAAGUUCAAACCUGUUUUAUGACCAUGACCCAGUGCACAGAGUGAGACAUGGUUUGCCAAGAUUGCAGUGGAAGAACCUGAUUGCACGUAAGACUUUGACUUGACAUCAGUGCCUGACUUCAGUAUUGCUCUCGAGGCUAAAUGGGCGAAUCCAAAAAAGUGAAGGUAAUAUCUGAAAUUAUAACAGAAAAGGCAACUACUUGUUAAUGCCCAUGGUUUUAGAAUGGGUACGUAUGGUUGGUCAGGUGUCCACAUUUUUUUCUUUAUGUAGUGUGUAUUUAACAAAUAUCUGAUCUAAAUAGCAAACAAUCUAACCAGAUCUUUGCUAUUUUGAAAUUAAAUCACAUGUAAACAACGUAUUUGUAAUUAAAUAACAAAUUUGAUGAUUGAAAAUAAACAUUUUAACCAUUCUACUCAUUUCGACGGCAAAAGAUGCACUGGAAAAAAAAAAGGAAGAAAA